AUGGCUGAUAACUCUCCGGCUACUUCAAAGACCAGGAAGACCGCGAUGUGUGGCUCCGCCUUUGAAGGGCGCAAUUUCGGCCGACCCUACUCUAUUGUCUGCCCUUAUAGACCCUGCACUCGUCUAAUCCAAGAAUUACACUCGGGCAGUUUUCACUCAACCGCAAGAACUCCUUCCUCACCUCAAGGAGAUGGACGCCGACCCCAAGAGCACCGCAAUUUUAGACGAGCAGCAACUUCUCCAUAUGAGAAGGUUCAAAUCAAGAUUCGCCGGCAAUUUCUCCAAUACUUUGCAAAGAAUGGAGACGUUCUUGCAAAGUACCGCGCCUUGAUCGAAAGCCAAGUCAAGAUUUCCAAGAGCAAGACAGAGUACCGGUUUCAUUACGGAGCUUUUGUGGGUGUGCCGUGA